AGUGAGAUAAUAUGUUUGUAAACCCCUGUUAGCAGCAGGCAUCAGACAAGUGUUGGGUAUUAAUCCCGCACGCUGGUGGGAAAUGCUACUCAACCAUUAAUUAGGCGGAUGUGGGCAGAGCGCACCCGCCAGAUAGCCCCCGUGCUGAGAGAGCUUCCUGUCUGAGGGUGACCAUCUGGCCCCUGCCUUUGGAGAGCCCGAGUCUGAUGGAGGAGACAUUCUCUGUCCUGGGAAGCCCCUCGGCCCAGGGUAAAGAGUGUUCCUGCAGGCCCGGGAAGGACACAAGAGUGCCUCGCCACACGUACAUUUAGUAACCGUCUGUGAGGGCCCUGGGUGUCUAUACUGAGCACGGGAGCGGGAAGCCCGUGGCUGCCUUCGGAGCAAGGUACGUGGUGAUCACAAAGCAGCGUGACCGUGAGACGUGCAGGGGGUCCCUGGAGAAGCAGCAUCAGGGGCUGUACCUGGAGGUCAGCUCUCUGGGUUUCCUGGGCACAUCCCACGGACCCGCAGCUUCUAGAGCCGCCACUUGAUUUUGCUUUCUUAGUCCCCUAGGUCAGACUGUGCCUUUCUCUCCCUUCCGCCCCCUUCAUUACGCUGCCUUCGUACUGGGUGCUCCUGUGGCUCUUGUCUGGAGGGCACGAGCCCCCCUUCUCUUCCCCCUCAGAUUGUCUAUUUCCAAGUCAUUUGGGGGCAGAAUGGGUCUCCAGCUAAGUGGGUCUGGGGCAAAGGGAGUGAGGAGGAUGGAAGGACCAGUGAGAAUCAGAAAGCCAGCCUUGGAGGGCUUCUGGAAGAGGAGAAAGAGGCUGAUUUCAGUCAUGAGAGCCAGGCUGUGGGAGGCAUAAACACUGGGCUCUCUGAGGGGUCCAAGGGGGAGGAGGAGGCAGAGGUGGGCCUAUGCCUGGAGACGUCACCUUGGGCUUUAUAAAACGGACGUGAUCAGGCCACUGCUGAGCCCAGCUCCCCUCUCUGUGGGUGUUCACCCUCCCAAGUAGCGCCUGGAGACCCCACUGAGCUCCGACCCCACCAAACAGAGCCGAGGUAGGUGCACAGAGUGGGGUGGGGGGGUGGGGCAGAAGGCAUCUGCACUUGGAGAAGGGUCUGUCCAGCCCCAGUGAGGAUCCCCAGGGAGGAGCGGGAAUUUCCUUCUAAGACUGACAAACCUAUCCCAGGCAGGCAAAGGGGGUGCUGAUCUUUCCUGAUUUUCACGUUGGCCAGAUGAUUCUGGGAUGUCUCCGUGAAUACCCUCACAUUUAUGAAACCAGGACCCUGGGGAUCCCUUACUGUGGAAGGAAUAAAGGUAGUGAGAGAGCUCUGGCUGGGAUGAGAGGCCACAGAAGCAUUUGGAGGGAGCUGGGAAACCCCUCAGGGCUCGGGGAGUUCCAUAGGACUCCUCCAAGCAGUUCUCCGAAUGUAUGGAUGCCUCAGGACACUGACAGGACCUGGGCCUCCUCACCACGAUGAACUCACUGGUCUCGUGGCAGCUGAUGCUUUUCCUCUGUGCCACUGUCUUCAGGGAAACAUUUGAAAAGGAGGCACCCGUGGAGAACCCUGGACCAACAGGCCAGCGGCUCGGACCCCAGGCCCUCCUGGCCCCGUGGGAGCAGAGCCAGCGAUGCGCGGAGAGGAAGGCAGCCGGGGCUCAGUCCAGCCCGCGGGGGGCUUCGCUGUGCCCCCCUCCCGAGAGCCCCGCGGGGCCCCAGCGGCGGGGCCUGUGCGCCCCCCGCAGCCGCCUGAUCCCCGCCCCCCAGGGCUCGGUGCUGGUGCAGCGGGAAAAGGACCUGCCCGCCUACAACUGGAACUCCUUCGGCCUGCGCUACGGCAAGCGGCAGACUGCGCCCCCCGCGAGACUGGGCGGGGGCGCCUGGCGUGGCUGAGCUCCCGGUGCAGGUGGGGGUGGGGGAGGGCGUGUACUUCAAACCCGGACUAGGGAACCCGGCUUGCGGGGUUGGUGGGAGGACAGGGCAGUGGGAAGGGGACUGGAGUUUCCGUCCGGAAGUAAUAAAGAGAAA